GCUGCGCGGGCGGGGGGGUCGGCGGCGCGUGGGGAGCGCGGGCGGCCAUGGCCGAGUUCACGCGGCGGCGGGGCCGGCGGCAGGAGGACACCGGGCUGGGCAGCGUCCUCGACCUGCUGCUGGCCAACGCCCGGCUGGUGCUGGGCGUCAGCGGCGCGGCCGUGCUGGCCAUCGCCACGCUGGCUGUCAAGAGGCUGAUCGACCGAGCCACCAGCCCUCGUGACGAAGGUGACCCCAAAGCUGAGCAGAAGACCCUGGAGGAGAGCUGGCAGGACUUGGCCUUGAUCAAGACGACACCAAAACCCCCCAAGAAGCAGAGAAGGGAGGACCUCAGUGAACCUCUGCUCUCCCCAGCUCAGCUCCUGGUGCCAGAGCCCAAGGUCUGUGUUGCCCCUCUGGAGACUCCUCAGGUUGCAUCCAGCCCUCUGCACUGCCUCACGCUGCAGGAGAAGCUCCUCUCCCACUACAGCAGUCGGCUGGCCGUGCCCGAGGCACAAGCGUCCCUCGCCCCACAUCUGGCCAGGAGCAUCUGCGUCCAACUGCAGAAAUUCCUGCGGAACAAGUGCCCGGAGCUGCCCUUUGGCAGCCUCUUCCUCAGAGGUCCCCUGCUUGAUGGCCUCGGGGCUCUCACAGCUGAUGACAUCCACCUCAUGCUGCCGGUGGUCCUCGAUGCCGCGCUCUGGACCCUCAUCCCAGGGGAGGACACGGUGGUGGGGAACCCCCAAUACUGGAUGAUCAAGAGGACUGAUCUGGAGUAUUUCCCUCGUGGGUGCAGCCCCUGGGAUAGGUUCAUUGUGGGCUGGUACUUCUCCUCCAAGCUACUCAACGAGACCCUCCACAAGAUGCUUGUGGCCUCCAUCAACUGGCCUGCCAUCGGCAGCCUGCUGGGGAGCAUCAUCCACCCCGUCGUGGCCUCCCAGGAGCUGAAGCUGGAAGUCAAACACGAUCAGGUCGAGCUGAGCAUCACCCUCUUCCCAGUGGUGGAAAUGGAAGACAGGGUUCUUCUGGCUGCUCCUCCCAAAGGGCUGGUGGAAAACCUCUGGCUCGAGAGCUUUUACAGGGCAGAGGUCUCGAAGGUGAAGGAGCUGGAUGCCGGUGACCGCGGGGCUCGGCAGCGCUGCCUCUGCGUCCUGAACAGCGUCUGCAAGAGCCACCCCACCCUGCACAAACUGAGUGGCAGCCCCUUGACCCACGUUGUCCUUCACCUCAGUGCCACCGCUUCAGACUGGGCAGAAGAAAACCUUGCUGACAGGUUCCAGCAGGUGCUUGAGGAGCUGGUGGGUUACCUGGAGAAAGGGGUCCUGCCUUCCUACUUCAACCACAAAAUCAACCUCUUCUGUGAGCUGUCAGAAGAGGAAAUUGAGGAGAUGGGCUUGAUGCUCUACAGGGCUGUGUCUGAGCCAGAGCUCCUGCUGAAGGAGAAAUGACCAGUGCAUUUGGAGCUCCUGAAUGUAGGGUGUUCCUCACCCAUCUGCUGCUCCCUGCUGUGAGGGUUGCAAUGCUUCUAGUUGACUAGUCAGAAAGAAGCAAAGUUCUUGCACUUUAUAAGAAGUAGUUCCUGUUUGGACAGAAGGUGCCUGCACAGAGGUGGGUGUUGGUGUCAGGAGCCUUUGGCUGGGAGGCUCUGCCCAACGCAGGCAAGUGCAGCUCACACCUCAGUCAAGUACCUACAGGUCAGUCCCAUCCUCUGGGCACUGGGAGCUGGUGUGAAGGAUGUUUGGUCCCUGGUUCCCAGUGUCCUCUGCCUGUCCCAGCCUGCUGUCACUGCUGCCAGGCUCCCCUUGUGCUCCAAGACCUGCUGGAGGGGAGCAGUUCCUUGCUGCUGCUGUUGUCCUGCAGGCCCCUCAGUCAGCUUUUGGGACAGGGUGGAAGCCUCAUCCAUCUGCAGGGUGCUGCUCAAGCCGUGACCUGGGUGGUUGUCUGGGCACUUCAAGGUACAGCCACAGCAAAUGGGGCUGCAGGUUUAUUCCUGGGAGACCCUUUCAGUGGCCAAGAGGGGCGAGCUCAGCCCUGCAUCCUUGUUCUACUGGGAUCUGCUCUGCCCUGAGGAAGGGAGGUGCUUCCAGCAUGGGGCUGGGGCUUUGUGCUGUCCCACAGUUGUGUUUUGCUGGAAGAUGUCCCCAGAAAGGCAGUGGCAGGAAGAGAGCUGCUGACUGCCAGGAGGCUCCUGGUGUCAGCCCCUCGAUGGAGGCCGUGGCAGGGCUGUGUGUCCCCUCCCAGUGGUGGGUCACUGCCCAUGUCUGUCCGUGGGUCCUUGCUGCUCUGCCCUGAACCACCAUGUCCCCUUCUCAUCUGUCCAGUGACCGUUUCACACAUAUUGCUGCUGUCUUCAGGUCCUGUUCCCCCAAAGCCCUGUGGGCUGGAAAGUAGGACAAGAAUGAUGCUCUGAGCUGAGCACUUGCAAGAACUGAAGUGGUUUCUGCUUUUUAUUAAGAAGGUGUGUUUUGCUUGGGGUUUUUGUUUUGUUUUUUUGAUUUUUAUUCCUUUGAGUGGCUGCUAGUAGGCUUUGGUUCUGGCUGCAGUGCCAGGGCAAAGGAAUAUAUUCUUAUAUUUAAUGGGAAGAGCUGGUUUUGCACGCUGGUGGAGAUGGAGAAAUCCUGUGGACUUCAAUGUGGGCAGCUGUUGUGGUUUGGUUUUCUUUACAGCUAUUGUCCUAUGGGAGGGGGAAAAACCACCCUGUGCUUUUUCUCCCAGUCUGAAGAUGACUUUAUUUGUUCCUCCAAACCACUUCCCAGGUGUCAGUGAUGAGAAUAAACCUUCCCUGUGUA